AUGCUGUUCGAGUCAUUUGUAAAAACCUUUAGAUUUCCUGAAGAAAUUGUUGUUUGUCGAUUUCCUUCCUACGGUCUGAUAGUUCGCUUACUUCCUCUUUGGCUUCAAUGCUCACUUCUUCAUUUUAAAUUCUCAAAGUUUCCUCGCUUACGGUCGGUCAGAUUCUUAAUCAUCUCAACCAAUAUAAUCCUCGCACUUUCAAUUCCGAUUGAUUAUUGUUUCCUACCGCGUACAAAGAGUGGAUUGCUCAACUUGUACUUGAGUGUUUGGAGUUUUCACUAUGCUAUUAAAGCUCUUGAGUGGGGUCUCGCAGGUGGUCACUUGGUUGGAAAAUAUUGGCCACGGCCGCUUUCAGAAUAUUCCUUACUCAAGUUGGACGUUCCUUUCGGCGUCGUAGAAGCGAAAGACGUUGAUACUAAUAACUGGAUAGAAGUGAUUGAAUGGACCACUGUGCAAUUCUUUUCCCCUCGUGGACUUCAAUAUGGAUGGGGACAGCAAAUUCAACCGAAAGCCUCAAGUACACUUCGGAUGUUGCGAAGGUUGUUUGAGGUCAACCUAGUCAUGGCUCUCUCGCUUGCUUUCCUGCUCUUAAUCCGCGAGAAAGGCUCUCCUAGCAAUGCAUUGACCGCAAUCGGUGUACCGGAGUUCAAUACAAGAAUGAUCAUCGCUGAAGGCCUUGGAACUCUCUCCUUUGGUGUUUUCUUGAUCUCAGCCAUCGACACAAUGUUCACUCAACUUCACUUAUUCUGUUUUCUGAUUCAUUGGCUUUCGAGUUUUGUACCCACACCUUCAAUGAUCUUACAGAUCUUCAAUCCUACCUUAUCACAUCCUGUCUUCGACUCACCUCAUACUGCAACCUCUCUCGAAUGGUUUUGGGGAAAGGGAUGGCAUCAGCUAUUUAGAAGAGAUUUUUUGAUUUGUGGUGCGUUACCUGCGAGUGGACUGGCUAGUAAGUUGGGUGGUGGAUUGAAAGUGCAAAAGAUAUGCGGACUAUUUGGUGCAUUUUUUGUUAGUGGAGUGAUGCAUGAGUAUAUCAUCCACGGUAUUGCUCAUGCACCACACCCAGUUCCUCAUGUCUAUUUUAAGGAGUUCCCAUCCGCAUUCUUUUUUUUCCUUAUCCAACCAAUUGGGAUCAUUUUAGAACCUUUUAUAAUUCCUCAUAUUCCACGUAAGAUUGGAGGAGGAUGGACCUGGGUGCUUCUUUUCAUUCUCUUGACUGCAACUCCCUUCCGAAGACAAUAUGCAGACUUCAGAUUGAUUGAUGAUGGUUUCAAGCCACUCAGCGUUUGGAAGUGGUGGACUCCCUUGAUCCCUGGGCUGCUAUACAACUUCUGA